CCUGUUAAAAAAAGUUAUAAAUUGCGAAGUUUUAACUUCUAAUUUUUUUUUAAAGAUUAGUUUGUGAUAAAAACAAAAAAGAACUUGAUAUAUAUUUUAGAUAUCUUAAAGUAUGCUUAAUCACGGUUUUUUGAUAAUUUUGAUUUUGCACAUAAAUCGUGAUUUUACCGCUUGGUCGUACAAUCCUUGGAACUACAAUGGUACAACACCAGAAAUUGAGAAGAUCCUAAACGGGCGUUGUUUAGUGUACAAGUUACUUGAUCCUGAUAGUCGCAAUCCGUCUCUAUUUGUUGAUGUAGAUUGCAAUAUAGUUGGAGGCACAUUUAAAAAAAGCUUUGCCUAUAAAGAUUCUUGUGCAGACAAGUUUGAUGAAUCCAGUUACAACGAGUUUUUCAAUAUAGUAAACAAUAAAAAAUUGCUGAACAACCAGGCUUUGUUUUGGUCUGGCACAAAAGGCUUUGUUCAUGAUUACAGUCACAUAAAAGAUGGUUUCUACACUUUAGAGGACACUCUUUCAGGGUAUCUUGUAAAUGAUUUAUUAUGGUGUGGUUGCAAACCUCAAACACCAAACUGUAAUGAUGGAGUAAACUAUGUGCGUUGUAAUAAAUCAUGCAAUAGUCCAUCUGAUUCUUUUUGGUCAAAAGCAUCGAGAACUUUUGCUGAAAAUGCAAAUGGGACAGCUUAUGUGAUGGUAAACGGAUCAAGUGCUGAAAACGUUACAGCUUAUUAUAAUGGAAGUUAUUUUGGAAAAAUUGAACUACCCACUCUUGGAAAAAUGAAGAGAGUUAAUCUGUUAAUAGUGCUUGUGGUUUUUAAUCUUGAUAGUAAGCCCAAGGAAAAGUGUGGAAAAGGUUCUUUGGUAAAUUUAGUUUCAGAUGCAAAAAAGUAUGGUUUAAAUGUUCAAUGCAGGGAUAAGCCUAGUGACACACUGUUUUUAUUGUGCGCAAAGUAUCCACAAGCAAGGGAGUGUGUUAAGAUGUCAAAUGAUGCUGGUAAACCAAUAUGGAGUAAGAUAUUGUUUGUGCUCAUUACGAUUUCUGUCAUUUUCACAAUGUUUCCAGGUUUUUACGAAGAUGUUUAAGUUAACUUUAUUUGAAAGUGUUUUUAUGAUUUAUAAAACUUUUAUUAUAGUUGUAAAGUUAUUUUUAAUUAGUGUAAAUAUUUUAAUUAUAAUAGGAAGUAGUAUGUUAAAAAAUUUUUAUCAAAGAAUUAUUGUUAUAGUUGCUUUAAAUAGUUUACCUUUUUAUUAUUUUUUUAUAAUUUUUUUUUUGUUGUUGUUGCUUUUUGCUUGAAUUUUUUUUAUCUUCACUUUAUAAACAAAUCGAAGCAU